UACGUCGUCCAUGUUUUCUACAGGCUCCAUAUCAGGCCGUACUACAUUAACCAGAAUCCUUUGCCUCUGCGUCGAAAUUUUGCGAAGAGGUCAAAUCAAACGGAUAAAUGGCAGUCAGUCAGCGCGCGUUGUAGAGUCAGCGUCUUUUAGAAACGAGACACCAGCGAAAUCCGGUCUGAGGCAAAGACACUACUUGGAGCUGUCUCGGCAGGAACUGCUUUGUGAUUCAUUGAGCUGACCUGCCGCUAGCUGCUCAGGCCGUAUCAGCUGAAGUUGAACUGGGGCUAGACUAUACUCCUGUUCAGUGCCAGUUUAUAUCACAUGACUCAUGGCUAAUCGGCUCCUCAAAGUCUCCUCUCUAGCCACAGCAGUACUUGCCUCAUCUGGAUUUUACCUUUAUAGCAGUCACCUGGACCUCAGUGAUUUAAGUGUGAUCCGCUUUGGACGAGCUGUGGCGACUACAGCAGUCAUCAGCUACGACUAUCUCACAGCUUUCAGACACGUGGAAAAUGGCACAGACGAAUACUGGCACCUCAAGUCAAAGGUGCACAGGCGAUCGGCAGAGCGUCUUCGAGACUUGUGCUGUGCCAACCGGGGCACUUUUAUCAAAGUGGGCCAGCACCUUGGUGCUCUGGACUACCUGCUGCCCGAGGAGUACACAUCUACGCUAAAGGUGCUCCACAGCCGAGCUCCUGAGAGCAGCAUGGAGGAGAUCCAGCAGGUUAUCAGAGAAGACCUUGGCAAGGAAUUGUCAGAAUUAUUUCUCUCCUUUGAAGAGAAGCCUCAGGGUGCAGCUUCCUUAGCACAGGUCCACAAGGCAGUGCUGCAUGAUGGAAAGACGGUGGCAGUCAAGAUCCAACACCCCAAAGUCCAGAAACAAAGCGCCAACGACAUCCUAGUAAUGGAAGUGUUGUUGAAGGCGGUUCAUUGGCUCUUCCCGGACUUUGCCUUAAUGUGGUUGGUGGAGGAGGCCAAGAAAAACAUGCCUCUGGAGCUGGACUUCCUUAACGAGGGACGCAAUGCUGAGAAGGUGGCCGACAUGUUGGCCCACUUUCACUUUCUUAAGAUUCCCAUGAUCCACUGGAAUCUCUCCACCAAGAGAAUCCUGACCAUGGAGUUUGCAGACGGGGGCCAAGUCAAUGACAGGGAUUACAUGCAGACACAUGGCAUCAAUGUCAAUGAGAUCUCAGAAAACCUGGGCAAGAUGUACAGUGAAAUGAUCUUUGUCCACGGCUUUGUUCACUGUGACCCCCACCCAGGCAAUGUGCUGGUCCGAAAGUGUCCGCAGACCAAAAAGAACGAGAUUGUUCUGCUUGAUCACGGCCUGUAUCAGGUUCUGCAACCAGACUUCAGGUUGAACUACUGUCAGCUGUGGCAGGCUUUGAUUAAGGGCGACAUGUCAGGGGUGGAGCGUUACAGCCGCAGACUGGGCGCUGGGGAUCUGUACCCCCUCUUUGCCUGUGUACUGACUGCUCGGUCCUGGAAGGCGGUGAAUGCCGGUAUUAGUUCUGUACCUGUCACCCGUUCCGAGGAUAUUGAGAUAAGGACCAAUGCAGGCCUGUACCUGCCCCAGAUCAGCAACUUGUUGAACAGAGUUCCCCGGCAGAUGCUGUUGCUGCUGAAGACCAAUGACCUGCUGCGAGGCAUUGAGACCACGCUACAGACCAGGGCCUCAUCCUCAUCCUUCAUCAACAUGUCCCGCUGCUGCAUACGAGCCAUAGCCAGGCACAAGAGGACUAAAACUCAGAGCAGGAGAAGGCGUGUGCAGAUCACGCUGGCCGAGUCUCUCAGCCUGUGGAAACUCUACAUGUAUGAACUGUUUCUGUGGCUGAAAGGAUCCAUGACCAUUCUGAUGCCAUUACUACACUGAGACAUAUUUGGAUGUCAACCUUGUUUUAAAUUCAUCUUUUACCUCAAGUGUCCACUCAUUAGUGUUCAGAUAAUGAUUGUAACAUCGUUAUCUGUAAUUUACUCAGUAUGCUGUACAUUGCAUCUUCAGCAGGUCACUAUUGUUGGGAAUUUUAUGACGUGAAAAAACAUUCUCCUGUAGGUUCUGUAGUGCAGAGAUGGAUCCUACAACAUGAGCUCCGAGACAUCUGGAAACCUGAACUUUUAAUUUUAGCUUAAAAAUGAAAUAUCGCCGUUUAUAUUCGGUAGGGAAUAACACAUACAAAAUACAAACGGAUUAGUUAUUAGUUAGUAUUAAUUAGUUGUUAAAGGUGCAUUAUCUAAAAUUGAUGGUCAAUAGAGCAGGAAAAAUAGUAACUCUUACCAACACCUGAUAAAACUCACCUGCAGAUAUCUACUGAGCAGCUAGCCUAAAUGUUUGGCCAACAGCAAAUUUGUGCUCUUGUCAUCUUUUUACAUGGUGGCACAUACCAAACAUGACAUCAUCAUGAGGGUGGGUGUGGCUUAGCAGGUAAAGCGGGUUUGUUUGUCAAUGGGAAGGCUGAUGGUUUGAUCGCCUCUGAGAAGCACGUGAGACAGUAUCAGACAACGUCACAUAAAUGUUGCUGUAUUAACUUCUAUUCCUCUUGUCUUCAUUGCAUACCUCCACCUCUGCAGGCUUUCUUCCACCUGCUCCCCCACUCUCACUACAGAUAAAAGUUUUAUCCACACACGUCAUAGCCAGGAGGACUCCUGCCUGAGCUCAUCUCUUUACCUGCCCAUCACCAUUGCAACCAACAGCUGAUCCCUGGCGUAGUUCCACCCCCACCUUGAUCCCAUCUGUCACUCCUAUGCACACCUCACCGCUGCCUUGCUGUUCUCAUUUAUGUCCUGUGCAGCCCUCACCUGCUGCUCUGCCACUCCUAAUUUCCUCAUAUAAUAUCCCAGUUCCUCUCUUGGGAUGCUGUCAGGCUGUCAAACAGAAUGAACCCGACAGACGGAAAAAGAAAACGAAGGAAACGAAUCAUGACCCCUGGAUCAUGUAUAAAACGUUUACCGUUAGGGUCAUAUGAUCCUCUCAAUGAUAAGAAAAUGGUUUAUAUUUGAAUAUCAAUUUCAUGUAAGUCUGAUACAGAUCAGUUACAGAUUUCCUACAUACAGUAUACAGUAGUCUGCAUCUAUCCGUCAGUCACUCGUUAAAUGAAAAUCACCUCACACUGUCCUAAACUCAUUAUUUACAAAUGUUCUUGGCAAGAAUGUCAAAAGUGGACAACUAAAUGAUGUAAGUGACCAUUCCCCAUGUUUUAUCACAAACUGGUACAAUCCCAUUAAAAAAUAAUUCGUCAAAAACAUAUUUUCUCUCUGAAUCAUAACUGCAGUAAAAUCUUUGUAGAUGAUUUAAAUGAAGCUUGCUGUCUAUAAUGACUCUUCUUAACAGAUACUGUCCAAACAAUAAAACACAACUCUUACCUCACACCUCAGUGUCUGUCCUCAUACAUGUCCUGCACCACCCUCACAUAUGGUAAAUGGA